UGGACCGAGGGUGCGCAGCCCGGGCCCAGCCUCUGGGAUUCUAACUGGGACAGGCGAGAACCACUAUCUCUGAUCAACCUGCGGAAGAGGAAUGUGGAAUCUGGAGAAGAAGAGCUGGCGUCCAGGCUGGACCACUACAAGGCCAAGGCAACACGGCACAUCUUCCUCAUCCGGCAUUCCCAGUAUCAUAUGGAUGGUGCCCUGGAAGAGGACUGCACGCUGACUCCACUGGGUCGGGAGCAGGCAGAACUCACUGGCCUCCGCCUUGCCAGCCUGGGGUUGAAGUUUAACAAAAUCAUCCAUUCCUCCAUGACACGCGCCGUGGAGACCACAGACAUCAUCAGUAAGCACCUGCCAGAUGUCUCCAGAGUCAGCACUGACUUGCUGCGGGAAGGCGCCCCCAUUGAGCCUGACCCGCCUGUGUCACACUGGAAGCCUGAGGCUGUGCAGUAUUACGAAGAUGGAGCAAGGAUCGAGGCUGCUUUCCGGAACUAUAUCCACCGGGCUGAUGCUGAGCAGGAGGAGGACAGCUAUGAGAUCUUCAUAUGCCAUGCAAAUGUCAUCCGCUACAUCGUGUGCAGAGCACUGCAGUUCCCUCCAGAAGGCUGGCUCCGUUUGUCCCUGAACAACGGCAGUAUCACCCACCUGGUCAUCCGUCCUAGUGGCCGGGUCGCACUUAGGACCCUGGGGGACACAGGCUUCAUGCCACCUAACAUGAUCACCCGGUCCUGAGGCUACUGGGACAGUAUCUUACCCCAUCUGCCUGUCCUGGCUGUGCUCUGGCUUCAAGCGGGAAUAGAAGCCAAUGCUGGUGAGGAGAAAUUUUUCAGAUCCACACUGGGGAUGUGCCCAGAACUCAUCUCUGCCCAGGCUGAAGGAAGUGGUCAUUCAUACAACCUGGCUUCUCUAAAAGCUGCCCUACAGGACGCCUGCGGUCUGUGCAUUUUCUUCCAUGUGCAUGGCUGCCAUACUGGGGUCCUGGCCAUAGCACUGAACCAGGAUGACCAAGGUUUUGUUCACAGCCUGCCCACUUCAUAUUCCUCCUGUCUGGAAACUUGUCAUUUAAAUAUUUGUCACUUAGAGUUUGCUCUUCUGGUUUCUUGCCUUGAAAACGUUUCUGACAUGAGUUAGAGACCUAACACUGCUGCAUCUGCACUCAGAAAGGGCCAGAAUGGAGGCUGAGUGGAGGUGGUCAGUAGGUGACAGCUGGUAAGUUUUCCUGGAGCUGUACAAUACCCCAGAGUGGUGGCUGCAGCUUUGCAUUGGUGACUAAAUCUUGUGGGCACUGGGAUAAAAUACUCAGAUAUGAUGUAUCUUCCAAAAUAUGUAAUUUAGGAAAAACUAAUUUCUUUGAAGUGGUUGUGAACAUUUUCUGCAGUCAAUACAAUGAACUGAGAUAUUUGAUUCUUUUCUCUGUCAUCUUUGGAAAUAACUACAUAAUAAAAUUUUAUUGGU